CGUUGUCGCCUCCUUCUAUUUACCAUUGCCCGUUACACGUUGAUCGGCUUAGUUCAACCUUGACGAUCUCUCAACGCCAAGCUUAACUGCAUGCUUGUAGUUUCACACUUGCGUCUUCCAGUUUCUCCUACUCACUUCCGUCGCUUUAGGAUCAGAAUGGACAUCCCCUAAUUGGUAAUCUCGCUAAAAUAUAGUGUUCUGUUGGAUACCUAACUUGCUCGCAUUCCUAUUGGUGAAGGAGCAGGUUUAGAAGCCUGACAAGGCCGAAUUAUCUGCCUCAGGCCGUUCGCACAUUCUCACAGCACCUGAGCACAGUGUAACAGGUAGCACUCUUGAUCCUUCGCCCAAAAAAGCCAGCCUUGACAUGCGGCCUCGAGAAGACUGCUUCUCGGCUUCAUCGCGUUAGCGAUUACCUGAAGUGAAGUCUAUAGAACAGGCCACCAACGCGAAUCUUCCAUAAGCCUCGUCCACAUCUACCUCAGCAAUGGCAGAGGAGCUGCCUACAGCCACACCGAAGCUCUCGCAUACCCCUGUCGCCUUUAUCUCUGGCCCUCUCGAAGUCACCUGGGAAUACUUUAACACUUACUACAAAGAUCGAAUCGACAAUGCUUUUAACCAGGGUCACUCCUUCGUCGUUGGACCUGUAGAUGGCAUCGACAAGCUGGCACUCGUGUAUAUCGUGGACAAGCUUAACAAUACCCCAAGAGAGGAGGAUACUCCGGUGGAUAGAAGCAGGGUUGACGUCUUCAUGGGCGAGUUUGAACUAGGUCGUCGGCAUGAGGUUGAGGACAUACUUGGCAAAAGGGUGACUGUCGCCACCGAGCGCGUUGGCGAGAUGGUGAAGAGGGAGCCUUCGUGGGCGCGAGAUGCAGCGAUGACUGUAGCUAGUAGUUACGAUAUAGUACGCUGGCGAACGGAGGACGAACAAAAGCUGGCGUAUGAAUUUUGGAGACCAAGGAUCAGUAACACGGAACAUAAUGUGCGACGUCGAGCCCACUACAUGGCUUUGAAAAGCUACGAUGAAACGCAGCAAACAUAUAUUAGGCACAUUGACCCAACCUCCUGUAUCAAACCAACCUUGCCAAAAAAAUCGGCACUAGCACGAUUCAUUGCAGCCUUCUUCAAGGGCACGACGGGACAGCCCAACGACUUGACCAGCCACAGGAAACCUGUCGAACAAGACAGUUCACACAAUGGCUACGAGACGUGCAACGGCCAAUGUGAUGGCCAUCGGGACGAGAAAGCACCUGACACAUUUAACAAGCCAUUUGGCUUUGGGAGCGAUGGUCGUUAUGUCUGACAGCCAUUCAAAUGAGAUCUCCCUUGUUACCUCCUCUCUAGUCCCCUCACAUAACACUGAUAAGCCCUACUGCCUUCUCA